CCACGCCCUAUAACAAAAUGGCUGACAGGUGCUAUGGGUGCACUAGUAAGUACAAGUUUCGAGAAAAGCCGAUAGACUGCCCUCAGUGUCGGAAGAGCUUUUGUAACAAGUGCCUAGACCGUAAGAGAUUGAGUGAGCCCGGAUACUCUUGUGUCUACUGCUCCCAGAAGCAAAAGAGAGCCAACAAAGCAGAAGAGAAAGACAUACUUCAGAACUUUCAUGAACGUUACUAUAAGCACAGGCAGCAGCAGGACCAUUCUAAGUUAUCUCGAGUACCAGUAGAAAGUAAAGCACCACAUGUAUCUAGGACCAGUCCGGCGCAGGCACAGAAACGGGGUUUUCUAAGCCCCGAGGACCAGGAACUUGAAAAUAGAUUUUUAAGGCUUCGUCAAGACCGUGUUACUGAUGUCCCAACUACAGCCGAACUACAAGAGAAAUUCAAUCAGUUUCAAGGCAAAGACACUGCCGAAACACCUUCUAGUACGUCAUCUAAUCAAUCUACUGAGGUUCCACCUGGUAGUAAGACUAACUUUGAGCAGACGCAAGAUCUGAUGAAGCAAAUGAAGGAAGAGGCAGACCUGGAGAACAAGUUAGAAGCACGACAACGCAAACAAGAUUCAGAGAUGGCAGCUCGAUUUGAUGCUUUAAGAGGCAGAGAAACUAGCAUAUCAAACAGUACAACUAAUGACCGGACUAACGAUGAAUCAGAUAAGGUUCUUUCAAGUACAGAGGGAGGUUUAAAACCAGAAGUAGAGACCGACCCUGAGAAACUGUUACAUGAUCUGCAAAAUUUGGCAUCUCAGGAAGAAAGAGCUGCUUUACAAGUACUCGGAUCAUCUGACAUUAAAUCUAUACUACAAAAAGUGAAGCCAGAAGAUGAAAAUCGUCCCGACAUCACUUAUCCUACUUUAGAGGGGGAGGCAAGGUCUAACGAAGGGACAAAUCGUGACAUGAUACCAGAGAAAGAGCUCCAGGGUCUUAUUGAGGAAGGAUUAGCAGAGAAUAAGCUUGAAGCUGAACUGAAGGCAAGAGAUAAUGAUUUCAUAGCAUCUGCUACAAAUCAAGUCUCAAAGUUAAUGACCAACAGUGACAACGAGAGUGACGAAGAGGAGGUGAAGAGUAAACCAAGAGGUGCUGAAGGAGGAGGCUUAGACUUUAAUUGGCGUCACUUUGAAACCAAAGGAGCCGUUUCUAAGACUGCUGACUCAAUAGGACUCGACUGGUUUGACGACGAAGAUGAGGAAUUUGAUGAACAAGUUCACAAGCUUUUAACACAAAUAUCAGAAGAAGCUAAACUGGAGGAAAGAUUGGAAGCAAGUGGAUUGGGACACAUUUUGGAAGAGAAGACCCAAGAACCUAAAGCAUCUCCUCCUUCAGUCAGAGGAGCUGCAGCUGCUAUUUCAGUUAGAGAAGAAGGAGAUGAAUUCCCUUGGUGUUGUAUGUGCAAUGCUGAUGCUGCUCUUAAGUGUUUUGAUUGUGACAAUGAUCUUUAUUGUGUCCCUUGCUUUUCUCAGGGUCACGAAGGAUUCCAGUUGUUUGAUCAUCGCUAUGCACCUUUUGAACAUUCAUCUAGAAAAUAAUAAAAUCUAAUUGUAAUAGCAAGACUAGAACGAUUUGUCUCAUUGUUUUCUUUAUAUUUGUUUGUGUAACAUUACUACAAACUGUUAAAGUAUUUUGGUACAGUGAAGCAA